AGCGGUGCGGAUCGGUGCGCAGUUCCCCGCUCCCCGCCCCGGCCCGCCCCGCUCCCCGGGCGGCCAAUGCGCGGCCGGAGGAGGCAGAGCCGGGAGCGGCCCGGGGGAAAGCAUCAAGCCCAACUUUCUCACCUUGAAGGGAAUAAAGCUCUCCCGAUGCUUCCCCGCCCGCCGCCCUCCUCGCCGACCCGGGCUGUCCCCGCGGAGGACGGAGCCGAGUAGGGGCUCGAUGCGCGGCCAUGGGGCGCGGGGCCGCCCUCGGUCGGAGUCUCCUGCGGGCGGCGAUGCUGCUCGCCCUCUGCCCCGGCGCCGCGGGCGGCACAUGGAUGUGGCUGGGCAUCGCGGCCGCCGGCGGGCCGGAGAAGCCGGGCUGCGCCAGCCCUCCGCUGAGCCCCGGGCAGCAGGAGCUGUGCAGGCAGAAGCCGGAGCUGGUGCCCGCCAUCCGGGAGGGAGCGCGUCUCGGCCUCCAGGAGUGCCGCAGCCAGUUCCGACACGAGCGCUGGGACUGCCGCCCGCCGCCCGCCGCCCCGCGCCGCCCGCCCGCCGCCUUCGGGCAGCAGCUGAACAGCGGCACGAAGGAGUCCGCGUUUGUGUAUGCAGUGACGGCAGCAGGGCUGGUGCAUGCUGUGACCCGCUCCUGCAGCGCAGGAAACGUGACUGAGUGCUCCUGUGACACCAAGCUGCAGGGCGGGGGCUCGGCCAGCGAGGGCUGGCACUGGGGUGGCUGCUCCGAUGACAUCCACUAUGGGAUGUCCUUCAGCAGGAGCUUCCUGGAUGCACCCAUCAGGAAUGCGUCAGGAAAAAGUGGCAACGGGCUGCUGGCGAUGAACCUGCACAACAACGAGGCUGGGAGGCAGGCUGUAGCAAAGCUGAUGUCAGUGGACUGCCGGUGUCACGGUGUUUCUGGGUCGUGCGCUGUGAAAACUUGCUGGAAAACCAUGUCCUCCUUUGAAAAGAUUGGCCGGUUUUUAAAGGAUAAGUAUGAAAACAGCAUACAGAUAUCAGACAAGCUGAAAAGAAAGUUACGCAGGAAAGAGAAGAGCCAGAGAAAAAUACCAAUCCAGAAAGAAGACCUGCUGUAUGUGUACAAAUCGCCCAAUUACUGCGUCGAAGAUCAGAAACUGGGCAUCCCUGGGACUCAGGGCAGGGAAUGCAAUCGCACAUCAGAUGGACCCGAUGGCUGCAACCUGCUGUGUUGCGGGCGCGGGUACAACACACACGUGGUCAGACACGUGGAGAGGUGUGAGUGCAAGUUCAUCUGGUGCUGCUACGUGCGCUGCCGGCGGUGCGAGACCAUGACCGACGUACACACCUGCAAGUAGGGCUCAGCACGGAAACAGCCAAAUCGCCCCACAGCGGGCUGUGCACACAGCUGCCAUGCAGACAGCAGUUAGAGACAGGGACUAUGAGGGAUUCGCCUCCGGGGGAACGGGCAUUGCCAAACAGGGCAUGCUCCAAACAGGUGGUGUAUGAAAGCCACGAGUGGAGAGCAGCCUGCACACAGGGACAGCCACAGCAACAGACUCCCAGUGGCACAUUUGAGCCAUCUCCAUUUUAGAGUUAAAAUCUCUUUGGGACUUGAAUAGCCACAACAUCUUGAAGAUCAAUGUGGUCGGCAGGUACAGUGCGGAGAACCCAAGAUCUUAUCAGCCAAAAGAUGAAGAUCUAGGAGGCUUGUAAGACACAUCAGAUGGGUCUGCUGUAUGACUCAUUUCUACCAGUCUUACAAAAAAAAAAAUAAGAUACAGGAAUGCUAUAUGUUCUGUUCAUCCUGAAGCAUUUCCUUAGUGACCUUUUGAAAAGCUCUCUGUGAUGUGCAGAAGAGCUCCUGGUACCUGGUAGCUCCUGGUAAUGUGUGUGCCUAUGGAGAGGUGGGAUAGGAGAGGACGGCCCAUUGGCCUGGAGCAAACUGUGCCCACAUCUGGGGGGGGGUUGGAGCACAGUUCAGUGAAUGUGGUGAGCAUGGCGUGCCAACCAGCAACCUCAGGGUCUUGUACAAGUUGUUUUUCAAAUGCACAAAGGCCAGGUCUGAGGAGGGACAGAAAUACAGCUUGGUUAUUUGAGGGAAGUGCAGUCCCUCACUGGUAUCUCCUCGGCACCCAAGUGCACAGUUUGCAGUCAACCCAUCACCGCCCCAGUGUUGGACUGUGUGUGUUAACCUGCCAUCUUCAGCUAUCCUGCUGGGGUUCACCAGCAUUUUCACAGCCAUGUGAAACUCAGCCCAAAUAAAUCUGUCAUAAAAUGAGAGAUUUUUAACACUUCAAUCACAUUCUCUUAUAGGAGCUACAAAUAGAACUUUUCAUUAGUAUCCCAGAUCAGUUCAAUGCGCAAUGUCACUGAAGGAUUGGCUCACACCACUAAAAUAUUUCAAUUGUUAUCAAUAAUGUUUUCUCCCCUCCAUAUGUUGGUUGAAUUCUAUUUUACAUCUGAAAAAGGUUGUUUAUUUUUAUGCAGUGAUACAAUUCCUGGUUUAAAAAAGCAUCACGGGAAAGGAUUUCUGUGUUUAAAUGUGCAAAGACCUAUUUUUGAUAAGAUGAGAAAGUUUAUAUUUUGUAAAUAUUUAAAUUAUGCAAGUUAUGUAAGAGGUUUCCAACGAAUGUGCUAAGAUUGCAGCCUUUGGCAUUUGCUGAUGUUUGUUACUAUUGCAGCAGCCUAUAACUGAUUUUUAUUUGCAUGUGCAGGGGGAACUGACAUGACACAGUGGUGACACUGGUGAUGCAGUGAUGAGAAGCACUUAUUUUGCUGUUCUAAAUGAUCAUUAAUUACUAUCCUGUAGAGUUUUUCUGUUCUUUUCAACGCAUUUUGCAUACAGUGAAAUUUGGCUCCAGUGGUAAGUGGCGGGACUCCCACUGACAACAGGAGGACUGCUGAGGGGCUGCAGUCCCUUAACUCGUUCCACACAGACAGGCAGUUAUUAGAAAUACAUCUGCCGAGUCACUUUGGUUGAGGCUUUCAAAGCUGUCAUUUAUUUUCUCAUGAAAGAUGGUGGCCAGAUUCCCCAUCCCUGUUUAUUGGAUGUGUAGGUCAGGAGGAAGGAAACAAAACCUGUUGUGUUACGUUGCUGCCUUGUGUAGAGUAUCAGGAAGAGAAGUCUUUUAUGUACUGGUUCUUUGGGGACUGACCUCCAUUUUUGGCUAAUCUUACUGCAUUGACUUAGCUAGAUAAUGGGGAGGAAAUAGUGCAGGGCUCCUUUACACAAGGUCAGCUUCAGGGAUUGCCCAGGAGAAAAGGUCUCAAAGGGCUGUUUCUGUGGAUUGGAGCAGGAGGGGCACGCACAUCAGCAUCUCACUGAGGAGUGGGGCAGUUGUGACAGGGUCAAUGCAUUCAGGGUGUCAGUGCCUGCUUGGGUGGCUCCUAUUUGAGGCUGCAGAGCAGUCACCUAGAUCUAAAAGGUAAAAUAAAAAUGGUUUUGUUGAUAAAUGUUAUUAAUAAAAGAUUUUUUUUCUGGUUGAAAGGGGAAAGAGUUUAUUUUUUCAGAGCAUGACAAAAGACAACAAAGAGAUGUAGGAACACGGUUUACAAAACAAUAAUGUGGUUUAUGAAAGCUUGGAUGGCUGAACAAAUGUCAUAUGAGGGAGCUGAAGCUUUGCUACAACCCAUCCUUUCUCUUUAAGUCACUCUGUGCAUUUGCUCAUCUGAGCAAGAGGGUUUGAGCGGGAGGAAGGCCUUACAGCCAAGCCCCUUGUGCAAUGAGCAGCAGUUUGUGAAAAGUAGCAAACCUGUGAAAAAUGCCACGGGUUUACUUUUUGAAGAGCAGAUAAUGGUGCCCUCUUUGCGAAAUGAAAAACUAAGUGUCACUUUGAGAACAGAAAUGCCCGCGGACUGACUGUGUUCUCAGAGCAGAGUUGUAGUGCUGGCUGAAGCACGGGGCACAUGCUGGAGGCUGAGGAACACCAUCUUUUCCUACCACUGAGGCAGACCAUGCCGAAGGAGGCACUCUUUGUCUCAGCCUGUAACAUACUCCAUGAAGUCCUGGCUUUCCAGUUGGGUUUGCGCAGCUCUGGCCAUUGGGCAGGUGCUGCUGAGUGCAGUGCUCAAGGAUGGGCAAAGCCCGCAGCAGUCAGCUGCAUGAAGUUACUUUUCCUAAACUGCUCCUGCAGUUUGCGUUUCUGGAAGUCAAAUACACUUUUUUCCCUUCACAACUGACAAAUGUGAACUCCACAUUAAAGGAAUGCUAGAGCUAACUAAUGCGGAAGCAUUGAUUGAUACAAAGUAUUAACACUGAAAUACUACCUUAAGAAAUUAACACUGUGCCAGGGUCUGCUGUCAUACUGAAUUGACAACUGUGUAAUCCCACGGAUGGUCCUGUAAAGUAAUUAAUGGCUUACACAGCAGAGAAUGAAAUGCUCUCUGGUCGCUGUGCCAGCACUGGGGCUGGAGGAGCACUGCAGGCAGGAGCACAAGGCUGCAGUUCAUUCUGAACCACCGGAGCACAGGCAAGAAGUGGAGUCCAGGGCUGGGUGCAGUGCAGGUGGAUGGCACCUCCCUUGGGCAGCAAAGAGGUGUAACAGACAAAGUUAGGACGGCUAAGGCAGAUACAUAUAUGGAGUUUAGAUUAAUUCAAUGGAAGAAAGAGCUAAAUUUUCAUUAAUAAAAAGGUCCAAAGGCCUUCUGAAAUGCUCUGCUGCCGGUGAGCUUGCAAACGAGGUGAAAUAUCAUAGCCUUCCUCAGGGUUUGGCCAUGGCAUUUUCCCAUCAGUCCUGCUAUUUUUAUGACUAUUCAGUGUAAUUUUAAAUGAGCUGCAUGCUUUCCUUGUUAAUUCUUUAAGAAUCAUUAAAUUCUCAUUUCUUAUUCUGAUAUUUUUAAAUACCAAGUUCUACGCAGAUCAGGUUGCCCCAAUUAAAACACUGAAAAGUCUGACUGGUAAGAUUUCUAUACUCAUUAUCCACAAAAACCUGAAAAUGUGCAUUUGGUUGUGGAAAAGAAUGAAAGACACUCCACGAGCAUUUCUUUCAAGAGCAAAAGCCUGCCAACACACUAGAGGUUAAAAAGAGAACUCCCUAUUAUUUACAUGGAUGAUCAUUUAUUGUCUGUGCUGAAAGGAGCACCGUGCCUCACGUCAGCAGCAGAAAACCAGCUGACAGCUAAGUCAGCAUCCCAGUCUUUUGCAGUCUAAUCUGCUCCAUAAUCUAAGAAAUUAAAUCGACGUUAUCAUAUCUCAACACGUCCAAAACAGUAUUUUGAUAUUAAAUGCACAGUUUCUAUAGAAUGUAUGUAUCAUCUGGGAUAACACCAACAAUUUUAUCUUAGCUAGGUCUGGAGCAUCAGGUAGGGUUACACGGCAGGGUCUGCACUGCCAGCCCUGCCCUGACCCCUGGGUCAGUUCAGUUUAGUGAUACGGUUCACAAAACACCACAAACAAGAGCUCUGGCUGCACUUGUAGCCUCAAACUGAGCAAUAACCCACCAGUGAGGGCUUAGGGAGGUGAUCAGGAGUGGUAACUCCUCCUUGAGCUGACUUUGCUGCCAAUUCCCAUAAUCACAAUGCUAAGGAUCUGAUCCAAGCAUCUUGUUUUGUAGUGCUAGAGGAACAGAGCUAACUAGCUGCUUCAGGCUAUCCCUAGGGAUCAGAAAUUUAAUGAAGAGGAUGCAGUGAUUUGUGUGCAUUAUUACAAUACAGCUGGACUAGUACUCUCUACUGAUACCUACUCCUCUCCAUAUAUAAGCAAUUCAGCCCUGAAAUAAAGUUUUAUUUUCUACACAUCUCAAAGAAUAAUAAAUAGACUAUUUCAUUUACUAAUACACCACAAAAAUUAGCACAGUGUUUAGUUUUCUGCAUUGUGUCACACGUAUAUUAAGUGCUUUUGAUAAAAUUUGAGAGUGCAGAUAUAAAAACCAUAAAGGACAUUAUCCACCCAGUUGUCCAGUUGGCAAGGAUGAUUCAGCUGCCAGGAUACGUGGGAAAAUGAAGCAGUGCUGAUAAAAACAAUGUUAAGAUAUUCAAGGCCAGUUAAGAUAAUUAGCCAGAAGUCAUCGCUGAAGCACCAUAGAAAUAACCAGGCUAUGUUCCAUGGAAAACAGUACUCCCUUCCACCACUAUCCAUGAAGCUCAAAGAGGAGACCUCCCUCAGUUGGGAGUGCUUUUCUCACAUCAACAGGGCUGCAUCCUGCUACGGCCAACACCCUAAGAAAGGAACAGACCAUUCUGUGGGAACAGGCAAUUGCAACAGCGAUUUUAAAAGGAUAAACACAUUUCCUAGUGAGGAAAUGACAGGGUCAAGAAGUAAGUAAAAAUACAAUUACGUACCUAUGAGGCCAGGGAUCAAUUUUUAAUUGAUGUAAAAAAAAAUAAUCAUUAAUUUUCAGCAAAGAUUUGGAUUGUAGAUUAUCACACUUAUCCUAGAUUGAUACUUAAGGAUUGGAAGGGACGCCUGAGAAACACAGGCCUGUGAAGGAAGCAUCAGAUCUUGGCUGUAAGGAUAAAAGAGACUACUGCAGGAGCAGAGAGGAGAAACUACAAUUGGUUUUAAGCCAGCUUGAGGCUGCCUUAUCUCUGAGGCCACAGAUAAGACAAUCAGAAAUGUAAUGAAAUAUCUCAAGUAAAGCACAUUCCUUCUUUCUCUGCUCCAUCGUUUAUUUAUAUAUUUAUUUUUGCCUGUGCAGACAAGAAACUCUUCCUUCAUAGAGGCUGCUGCAGGAAGUGGCUAAGCCCAGGUGUUGGAUCCUUUUGGUAUACGGCCCUGGAAGCAAGAAGUAGCAUCCCUCACAUUCCCAGUACGGCAUCAGAAACAAGUUAUCAGGUCCAGGACACAACCACCUGUAAUGACCUGAUAGCCUGUGCUCCACUCCAGCCAGUUUAUGGAGGGGCUAUGGCCCUUCCAUCUGUGCACAGAAAAGCCUGUCAAUAUAUGCAGCACUAACACUUUAUUUCUCCUCAUGAUUUACCACUUGGCUUCUAAACUGCAGAUAAUCCAAACAGUUUAGGAGCUAUUAUGAACACAAGUGUUUUCUAGUCUCAUCAACAUCUGAGGGAACUAAAAGCCACAUUAAUGUCUAUAACAAAACAUGCCAGCAACAGAAAGCCUUUUCUGAACCAGCACUCAAGCAAGUAAGGCUAUCAAAGCCUCUCCUCUUUCAAGAAGAAAAAUAUGUUUGGUGCUAGGAGAGAUGCAGAUGGCAUUCCAAGGCAGACAUCUUCAGCUUCUUUAAGACUCAUACACGUAAAGAGGACUAGCACAGCAGCUGAGAGCUGUGGCAGACAAUGAAGCAGUUUCCAGGUGGCUCAGAUCCCAGCUGAGUGCUCCUUGGAGAAGAACAGCCACAACCUUCUUGUGUCCUUCCUCUUUACUCACACAUACAUUUUUUGAGGCAGACAUGCUCCCCAUCUUCAUUUUUCCUUUCUUUGCUCCUCUGUCCUCAAAGUGCUGCAGAUGUUCUCAUCCUUUCAUGCAGGAAGAGACACAUCCUGGAGCUUUGUCAUACAGGUACUUUUGCAUGAAGCUUCUUGUACAAAACAGCAAGUUCAUACCACAAGAUGUAGGAGAAACCACACAAAAUUUUUCUUCAUUGCUUACUUGAAGCAUGCAUUAUUACCAAAGUCUUGUUUAUUGAAAGCAUCAGAAAGCUUACUGCAACAGAAGGAAAUGCUGCAACUAGCCCACUCAAGGUAGAGAAUGAGAUGGCAUGACUGUAUCUUGUGGCAAGUCAAGAAAAAAACAUGGGAUCUCCUUGCUGUUUUCUCUCAUUUUCAUGGCCAAAAUGAGUUCAUUUGUAUAACUGAAAUAUUAAAUAUAAUGAAAGGAUGCAGCUGCGAGGAUAUGACUUAGAGAAUGAGGGAAAAGGAGGGAGAUUUCACAAGAACUAGAUAAUUUAAGAACAAUUACUAAACUGUUUAUUGUUUUAAAAGCAGUAGUUAAAUAUCUUGUGAUAGACCCAGCUUUAACAGGUUAAAUAUUCAUAACAUGCACGCUUGCGUCUGAUGGCCAGACACAAAAAAAAAGGCACAAAUCUAAAGACAAAAGCUAGAACUAAAGCCAGGCUUCUUUUAUGUCCUCCAUUACAUUUCGUAGAAGACAGUGGUGCAAGGAAACAAACAAAGGCUUCCUAGAUGCACCCCCCCACCCAGCCUUCACCAAACCCACCACCUCUUCCACCUUUAAGCCUCUGCUAAGUAUCUUCCAAAUUCUUCUAUUAUUACUUUGGAUAACAGCAUAACCAAUACCAGCUUACUUACAAAUAAAAAUUUAUUCAUGUGAAAAUUUCAGGACUUUUGCAAUUAGUUUUCCACAAUAACCUGAUGUUAUUAAAUAAAAUUUAUUUAUUUUAAUGGAUAGAAAUGAGGUGUUUUACUUUAUUUGAUGUAAAAGAUACAUAUGAUUUUGACACAUCCUCCUAAACAAGACAAUCUGAAAGAUUUAACAAAAAACAAUUUCACCACAUAAGGUGCUUUUAUUGCUGUUCUACAUUAAACUUGAGGGAAAGCCACAUUAUUUAACAAGCUACUUAAACAUACAGAACAGCUCAGAGUCCAGUCUUAUUCUGACAUCACAGGUUGACUUGCAAAGCAAUUCCCAAUAUUGCUUGACUUUUUUUUUAGUGCAUACAAUUGAGUUCCUCUCAGAAGACAUAUCAACAAUAGGAACAUUUGAGUGCCACUUACACUGUGGGUCCCUGAAAAAUCCUCUGUGGCUUUAUUCCCACAGUACUAGAUGGAAGUUUCUGAAGGUUAAACCAGAACUCGAUGUAAAAUUCCAAGAGAUUACAAUCAAUUCCGUAACAUCCCCCAUUUUUUUUAUACCAACAAUUUAAUUUAUAACACACUGACUUAGUUUCAGUGAAAGUUCAAGCUGGCCCUACCUAAAAAUGAAGCUGUUUUCUGAUAGCUCUGACAUGAGCUGAAGAAUAAGGCCACUUCAACUUGGUCCUUUUUUUUUUUUUUUUG